CAAGGACCCUAGAAGAAUGCCUUACGUGUAGAGCAGAAACUGUCAGUUGUCUAAACUCAUUGAUUACUGAAUCUUUUCCAAGGACUUGUCCAAUCGGAAAGCAGAGAAGCACUUGUCUUCUUGGUAUUUGAAAAGCAGUAGUAAUGAGGCCGACUUUGAGAGAUGUGUGAUAACUCCGUCAACCAAUAAGGAUGGCUGUCUCGCUUUAGACAAACCACAGUAACUCCGCCUCCAGCUGGUUUUGUGCAUUGUAGUAAUUCAUUCUAUUUUGUUUAAUAAAACAGAAAAGCUGAGUGGCACCCAUCAAGUUGACCGCUGUCAGGCCCAUACUAAACAAAAAUCCCCAGCUCACCGAGACACCAACCGGAGGGCAAGCUAGUCCCCAGCCAUUGGCCAAACGUCAUGAUAGACAUCCUUCAGACCAAUGGUUUUCUGCUCUGGAGAGCGCGUUUUCCACAACUGGCCUAUGAGAGUUUGCUUCGGUUCAGCCAAUAGGCCGGGCCCCAUCCCCAGCCCUAGUGGAGAUGGGUUCUACCCAGAGCGUCUCAGGCACUCCAGCACGGCCUCUGCCACGCAACAAGCAUGUGUCUCGGGUGGCAGACCCUCGUUCACCUAGUGCUGGCAUCCAGCGCACUCCUAUUCAGGUGGAGAGCUCGCCACAGCCAAACCCACCUGCAGAACAGCUGAACAGUCUCAAACAGGCGCAAGACCCAGAUCCCCGCUCUCCUACUCUUGGCAUUGCUCGGACACCCAUGAAGAUCAGUGGUCCAGACUCUCAGUGUCCACUGGUGAAAGAGCUGAGCGAAGUGUUUGAGACCGAAGUGUCCGAGACAGAAGUGUCCGAAUCGAUUUCCUCUCCAGUGCUUGGUCUGCCCCAGGAAACCCCUUUAUCUUCUGAACUGGACCUGCCUCCGGACCCGGAUCCCCAGGUAUCCCUUGAGGACCAGUUGCUGCCUUGGAGCCAGACUGAACUCAAUUCCAAACAGGUGUUUGCCAAGGAGGAAGCAAAACAAUCCACAGAAACCAUGGUUUCUGGCCAGACCUCAGACAAGCCCUCCAGAGACCCAGAGACUCCCCAGUCCUCAGGUUCUAAGCGCAGUAGACGGAAGACAAACAACAAGGUUCUAGGGAGGUCCCCACUCACCAUCCUGCAGGAUGACAACUCCCCUGGGACCUUGACACUACGACAGGGUAAGCGGCCUUCUGCCCUAAGUGAAAAUGUUAAGGACCUAAAGGAAGGAGUCAUUCUUGGAACUGGAAGGUUUCUGAAAGCUGGAGGUGGAGCAUGGGAGCAAAACGAGGACCAUGACAAGGAGAAUCAGCAUUUUGCUUUGAUGGAGAGCUAGGUCUCUGCUGGAUUCUUCCCCAAGAGCACCGAGGAAAGUCCUGUUUUCUGAUUCCGCUCAGGCUACCAACUCUGGUAUUUGGACACUAUUCUUUUAUGUUCGUGUCUUUCCUGUAUAUUAAAGUAGAUGAUUUUACGUGAUGUUUUAAGA